AAGAGAGACGUUGUUGGCGUUUACCUUUUACCUUCUUCUCCCUUUUUAAAUCAAAUCCAUUUCAACUCUUUUUUCCCAAAAUCAAACCCACUUUCUUUCUAAAUUUGAAGAUCUUGAACUACACUGAAAGCAGAAUCUAACGGUCAAAUCCUGUUGUUCAUGUUUUAGGGGUUUUGGUUUUGAAUGUUUGAGAUGGGAAGCGUAGGUGAUAAGAGUAUGGUUGAUUCGUUAGAUAGUAGCAUGUGUAGCUCGAAUUCGAGCAAUUUUGAUGGUUCUUCGAAAGAAUAUUGUUCUUCUCCUGCUCCUCUUGGGUGGCCGAUUAGAAAGGCUGUAAAAUGUGGGGAUGAACGGAAAUUGAAACCCCAGGUGGAUGAUGCUACCAAUUUUAAGCAGAUGGGUUCUGUGAAUUCAGAAAUGGAGUUGAUGAAAGAAAGAUUUGCUAAAUUGUUGCUUGGGGAAGACAUGUCUGGUAGUGGCAAAGGUGUCUGCACAGCUUUAGCUAUUUCAAAUGCCAUCACAAAUCUGUGUGCCACUGCAUUUGGUCAGUUAUGGAGGUUAGAACCCUUGCAGCCAGAGAAAAAACAAAUGUGGCAACGAGAGAUGGAUUGUCUUCUUUGCGUGAGCGAUCACAUCGUUGAACUGAUACCGUCAUGGCAAACGUUUCCGGAUGGAAGCAAGCUCGAGGUCAUGACUUGCAGACCGAGAUCAGAUAUUUUCAUCAACCUCCCGGCUCUACGAAAACUAGACAACAUGCUUCUGGAAAUAUUGGAUGGUUUCAAAGGGACGGAGUUCUGGUACGUCGAUCAGGGGAUAGUGGCUCCGGAGGCUGAGGGGUCGGGCUCUUUCCGUAAACCACCACAACUCCUCCACCAGGAGAAGUGGUGGCUGCCGGUGCCACGAGUCCCGUCUGGCGGUCUCCAAGAGGACACCAGGAAACAGUUGACCCACAAACGCGAAUGUGCUAAUCAGAUUCUAAAAGCCGCCAUGGCAAUCAAUAGUGUUGCUUUAGCGGAAAUGGAAGUUCCCGAAUCGUACUACGAAUCCCUCCCGAAGAACGGGAGAGCGUGUUUAGGAGACGUUAUAUAUCGUUAUAUAACUUCAGAGCAGUUUACAGCAGAGUGUUUGUUAGAUUGUCUUGAUCUUUCAUCUGAACACGUGGCAUUAGAGAUUGCCAACCGUGUUGAGGCCUCGAUCUACGUCUGGCGUAAAAGGGUCCACCCGAGACAUAAUUUACCGAACCCAAACCGGUCUGCGGCUAAAGCCUCGUGGGACAUGGUUAAGGACCUUAUGGCCGACGGCUGCAAGAGGGAUUCACUAGCUGAUCGAGCCGAAAGCCUGUUACUUUGCCUUAAACAUCGGUUUCCUGGUCUAACUCAAACCUCGUUAGACAUCAGCAAAAUUCAACACAACAAGGAUGUUGGAAAAUCGAUACUGGAGAGCUACUCAAGAGUUCUGGAGAGUUUAUCAUUCAACAUUGUGGCACGAAUCGAUGAUUUACUUUACGUGGAUGAUUUAACAAGACAAUCGGAUAAUGUGGGGUCUGUGGCUUCUAUGGCAGAUGUUAUUGCCCAAAAACGGGUCCCAAUCCCAUGCAUACCUUCUUCGGGGACACCAUACAAAUCUGCUUUCGCAACUCCAAAGUUUUCACCGGGACCCAUAGUGGCCCCUGGAUCGGUGGAUAGAACUCCAUCGUUGAGCGGGAACUGCAACAAGCCUCCGAGACGAGGUUUUGGGGUGAAACGUGCGUUAACAAGUUAUCUUGGAGGUGAAAUGAAGGGGAAAAGUAAUAAUAACUAUCAGUUGCUUGAAGGUCCUGCGGGUUGUCUUUCGACCAGAAACGCAGAUAUGCCGCCUGCUCGUAGUAGCAUGGACGAUGGGCCGUUGAGCCAGAAAGAGAACCGAAAUCCGAAGAUGGAACGUUAACUAUGUGUGAAUUUGUUAUGUUUAAGUUGGUUUGUUGUGAUUAAGCCGUUAGGGUAGGAACAUAUGGCAACAAAGUGAGGAUAUUAGCCCUCAUAGUUAACCAUGACCCGUGGUGGUGUCUAGGCUCUAUUCUUUUAUCGGUUUCAUUUGUUACACCAUACUUUGUGGUGCAACUUUUCUAUGGUUUUAUUAGGUUAAGGGAUUUUAAAAGUGUAGUAGUGUGUUUUCGUUUAUAAACUUUGAUUUUACACUUGAUAU